UAUGAUCCUGAACUUGAUUUACGUGAAGAACAUUUAUCACUUGUUGCUAAACGUUUAUUAUCAACAUUACGUGAAAGUAAAAUCAAACAUUUAUCAUGUGACAAUCUAUUUAUUCCAUGUAAUCAUAUACGAAACAUCGCAAGACAAUGUUUAAUUAUGUCUGCUGAAGAACCAUUUGGUAUUAUGGGUGCACAAAUUAAAAUCAAGUUAACACUUUUAUCACCAAAUAUGACAACAACAAUAACAAAAUAUUUACCAAUUAUACAAAUUAAUCCUAAACAAAAGACAACAUUUGAAAUUGAAAUAGAUCUACAUGAAGAUACGAAAAUAUUUACAUUGAGACGAAUUUUACCAUCAAUGAAAAUGUUUCGACAAAUUAAGGAACGUAGUCCAUUAUAUGUAAGUCCCCGGUGUUUAUUAGUGAAAAAUGUCUUCUAUAAAACAGCUGAACCAAAACGGGCUAUUAUUAAUUCAUCUUGA